UUCAUUUCUAGGCAACGUGCAGGCUAGCUGAUGCUGCUUGGAGCUGGGAUGAAGGCUGUGAAAUUCAGCACCCCUUCCACCUAGACAGCUCCCCAGCGUUUCCCCAUCGCUAUCCGUCUAGCUGCAUUCUAAACCUGUUUCUAGACAAGAAGCUUCGUGAGGAUUCUUUGCAGCAGACCUUCUAAUACCCUGCUGGUUUUGGAACCCAGAAGUGUUCCAUCUGAGCUUCUAACACCCGUGCAAGCUCUCUCUUUCACUUUUUAUAUUCUCUAGGAUUUUUUUUUUCUCCUUUACUGCUUGAUCGGCAUUCUGUUGAGUCCCCAAUGUACCUUUCCCAUUCUCGGAUCACAUAAGGUAUAUUACGCUUUGGGGAUUUCUAUUCCUAUAUACACUGCUAUUUGUCCACUGUACUCGUGUGUUCGGUCAUACUACAAGGGGUUUCUGUGAGAUAGAUCUGCACUAGGAUCCUGAAGGAUUACUGUCAUUCCCUGCAGUUUGUCUGCUACAGUGAAUGCGGCUGCACAUGGAGAUUUUUUUUCUGGGCAGUUGAGUUGAUUUUUACUGCUCAGCUUUGGAUGCUCAUUGGAUAUUAUGAACAUCUCUGGGUCAACUAUUUGCAUGCUUUUGCAUCAAGGAAGGUAAACCGCGUUAUUCUGCUUGUGACCCCCAUCCCUAGAAACUGUACCGUUUUGAUUUACAGUCUGCUCCAUCCAUGCCUUCCUCUGUUAUCCCUUAAAGGCACUGGGAUUAAACUCUUCUUGAGAUCCUUCCAACUCUUGCAGCUUCUCUUCAGCUUCCCAUGAAGAUUUGAUUUGUGCCCAGCAGUCAGAGAAGAAGAUGGACGUUUUAAAUGCAGUGAUCUGUCUGUCCGUCUUCUGGACUGUAUCCUGGGAGAGAACGGGAGCAGACUCAAUGAUCCACAUCGGGGCAAUUUUUGAUGAAUCAGCCAAGAAAGAUGAUGAAGUAUUCCGCAUGGCUGUCACAGACCUUAAUCUGAAUGAAGACAUCCUUCAGACAGAAAAAGUCACAUUUUCAGUCACAUUUGUGGAUGGGAACAAUCCUUUUCAGGCUGUCCAGGAAGCAUGUGAACUCAUGAACCAAGGAAUAUUGGCCCUUGUCAGCUCAAUCGGAUGCGCAUCAGCAGGAUCUCUGCAAUCUUUGGCAGACGCAAUGCAUAUUCCUCAUCUUUUUAUCCAACGAUCCACAGCAAGGACUCCAAGAAGUGGUUGUGGUCUUAAAAGGAACAACAGAAUUGAUGAUUACACAUUAUCUGUCCGCCCUCCAGUCUAUCUGAAUGAUGUUAUCUUAAGGGUCGUCUCUGAGUUCGCCUGGCAAAAAUUCAUCAUCUUCUAUGACAACAACUAUGAUAUCCGUGGAAUACAAGAGUUUUUGGAUAGAGUAUCUCAGCAGGGAAUGGAUGUAGCUUUGCAGAAGGUGGAAAACAACAUUAAUAAGAUGAUCACAGGACUAUUUUCCUCUAUGCGCAUAGAAGAACUAAAUCGCUACAGAGACACACUGAGAAGAGCUAUUCUUGUUAUGAGUCCUACUACUGCCAAAGCAUUCAUUACAGAGGUCGUGGAAACUAAUUUGGUUGCCUUUGACUGUCACUGGAUCAUUAUAAACGAGGAGAUAAAUGAUUUGGAUGUGCAGGAACUGGUCAGAAGGUCAAUUGGAAGGUUAACAAUUAUUCGUCAGACCUUUCCAGUCCCUCAGAAUGCGAGCCAGCGCUGUUUCCGUGGCAACCACAGAAUUUCUACAUCCCUAUGUGACCCAAAGGACCCAUUUUCCCAGAAUAUGGAGAUCAGUAACCAGUACAUAUAUGAUACAGUGCUUCUGCUAGCUAAUGCUUUUCAUAAGAAACUCGAAGAUCGAAAGUGGCACAGCAUGGCUAGCCUUACCUGCAUCAAGAAGACCUCAAAGCCAUGGCAGGGAGGUCGAUCUAUGUUGGACACUGUCAAAAAGGGAGCAGUAAGUGGCCUGACUGGUGUUUUGGAAUUUGAUGACAAUGGUGGAAAUCCAAACAUCCUUUUUGAAAUUCUGGGUACAAACUAUGGAGAAGAGCUUGGCAGGGGUGUUCGAAAGCUUGGCACAUGGAGCCCUGUCACCGGUCUGAAUGGAUCUUUGACAGACAGGAAACUAGAAAACAAUAUGCGUGGUGUAGUACUCCGUGUAGCUACUGUUCUGGAAGAACCUUUUGUAAUGGUCUUAGAAAAUGUACUGGGAAAGCCAAAGAAAUACCAAGGAUUCUCUAUCGAUGUCCUCGAUGCCUUAUCAAGUUAUUUAGGAUUCAAAUACGAGAUAUAUGUUGCCCCGGAUCACAAGUAUGGAAGUCCUCAAGCAGAUGGAACCUGGAAUGGAUUAAUUGGUGAACUCCUUUUUAAGAGAGCUGACAUGGGGAUUUCUGCUUUAACUAUAACACCAGACCGUGAGAAUGUAGUAGAUUUUACGACUCGCUAUAUGGACUACUCAGUUGGAGUACUGCUAAAAAAAGCAGAGAAAACAGUUGACAUGUUUGCGUGUUUAGCACCAUUUGACCUAUCUCUGUGGGCCUGCAUCGCUGGGACUGUCCUACUUGUGGGCCUUUUGGUUUAUCUACUGAACUGGCUUAAUCCUCCACGUUUGCAGAUGGGAUCAAUGACUUCAACCACACUCUAUAACUCCAUGUGGUUUGUCUACGGAUCCUUUGUUCAGCAAGGAGGAGAAGUCCCUUACACUACUCUGGCAACACGCAUGAUGAUGGGAGCAUGGUGGUUGUUUGCCUUAAUUGUCAUCUCCUCCUACACGGCAAACCUAGCAGCCUUUUUGACAAUCUCUCGCAUUGAGAGUUCCAUCCAAUCUCUUCAGGAUCUCUCACGACAGACAGAUAUUCCUUAUGGUACAGUUCUGGAUUCUGCAGUUUACGAGCAUGUGCGAGUGAAGGGAAUGAAUCCAUUUGAAAGAGACAGCAUGUAUUCUCAAAUGUGGCGGAUGAUUAACAGAAGUAAUGGGUCUGAGAACAAUGUUCAGGAAUCCUUUGAAGGCAUUCAAAAGGUAAAAAAUGGGAACUAUGCUUUUGUAUGGGAUGCUGCAGUACUGGAAUAUGUGGCAAUAAAUGACCAGGAUUGCUCCUUUUACACAAUAACAAAUACAAUUGCAGACAGAGGUUAUGGAAUAGCGUUACAGCAUGGCAGUCCAUACAGGGAUAUCUUUUCACAAAGAAUCUUGGAGCUCCAGCAGAAUGGUGAUAUGGACAUAUUAAAACACAAAUGGUGGCCACGCAAUGGGAAUUGUGACCUGUACUCAUCAGUAGAAACCAAGCAAAAAGGCAGUGCCUUAGACAUUAAAAGCUUUGCUGGGGUGUUUUGCAUUCUUGCUGCUGGGAUUGUCUUGUCCUGCUUUAUAGCGAUGGUGGAAACCUGGUGGAACAAAAAGAAAGGUUCACAAGUGCCUUCAAAAGAGGAUGACAAAGAAAUUGACCUGGAACAUCUCCACCGACGUGUGAACAGCCUGUGCACAGAUGACGAGAGUCCUCACAAACAGUUUUCCACAUCAUCGAUUGAUCUAACUCCGCUAGACAUUGAUACUUUGCCAACACGUCAAACUCUGGAGCAAAUAAGUGACUUCAGGAACACUCAUAUAACUACUACAACUUUUAUACCAGAACAGAUACAAACUCUAAGCCGUAACUUGUCUUCUAAAGCUGCUUCUGGUUUUUCCUUUGGCAAUGUGCCUGAGCACAGAACUGGUCCAUUUAGGCACAGGGCACCCAAUGGUGGAUUUUUCAGGAGUCCAAUCAAAACUAUGUCAUCUAUCCCUUACCAACCAACUCCCUCUCUAGGCCUCAAUCUUGGCAAUGACCCUGACAGAGGCACCUCUAUAUGAACGUAAGAGGAACUUUUCCCAUUGUUUCUUUUAGGACUCUGUUUGCAAGGAGCUUAUGUAAAAUGACGGACUAACAUGGAUGUAUUUUUUAUAUCCAGAUAAUUAAUAACAAUUUUCAAUUACUCGCUUUAUCUUUCUUCAUCCUUUGUGUGUAAAUGUGUUUUAGAAUGUCUUGAUUCACUUCAUUGUCCAUGCCAUCUUUUAUUUCUUCCUGACUUUAGGCUUCUUUGCUUCUUUUCCAGUUAUCUUAAUCUAUUAUGAGUCUCCUUUUCAUUUGAUAGGUACAUUUGCAAUAACUUCAAUACUUUGCAAUGAUUCUACACAUCUCUUAUGUACUCUGCUACUGCUGUGUCCUUUAACAGUGGACCAAAGGCAAACCCUGCAGUAAAAAAAAAAAAAGGCCAUAAAGGCCAAUAGAUAUGAGAAUGCAAUUUUGUAGGAUUACAAAAAGCCAUUACUAUGCCAGUGAAAACUACAUUUUUAAUCUAUGUUUGCACUGUAACAGUGUAUAUGACUUUUAUGUAAAUGUAUAGAAUGAAAUGGUUUUUUCUAUGUAAGUUUAAGUAUACUUUUUGGGAGGAAGCCUCCAUG